UAGUUCUUGAGGAACGUUGAAUCUGACACACUGAAAGUAGUGGGAUAGGGUUCUGUUGAACAGAACUGUAGUGCCUAUUUAAUCUGUCUCGGAGCCCGACAAGGGUUGGACAUUGUAUCAUAUGGGGGAAAAAAUGAAAUUGGAUCAACCGAAACCCUAUAAUUAUUUGUUGUCUUUUGGAGACUAAACUGUUUUCCUAUUAGUCGCAGUUUAUGAUAAUAGCUACAUAUAUCAUUGCGUAACGUCUUAGGUUAUCAAUUGGAAUAUACAACAUUGUAUUGAAGUGAAAGUGUGCUUUGUGGCAUUGGAGAAGAAUGCAUUCCAAGUGAGUUGAGCGACAAACAAGAACCUGCGUGUAUCUGACAGAGGCUAGAGCCAUGAAAACGGCAAGGCAGCAGAUUUAUGAGUGCGGAACGUGCAGUGCUGGUCUGAUUACUGCGAUGUCUGCCAACCUGUCCAUCCUGAGGCCUCCAUUAGUGGGCGCCACCGGGUCCAUGACACCCCCAUUUUCGAACAUCUCCCAGUUUCCUCCUCUGAUAGACUGGGAGGUGCCCACCUUCACGCGAGCCGCCCAGUUCCGCGUCGGUGCCAUCUUUAUCCUCUUCAUAUUUGCCGCCUGCAGCAACCUUGCGCUAUUGGUCAGCGUGUGCCGGGGGCGUGGCCGGCGCCUGGCUUCACACCUGCGACCGCUCAUCGUGAGCCUGGCCACUGCCGACCUGAUGAUGACCUUUGUGGUGAUGCCGUUGGACGCCAUUUGGAACAUCAUGGUACAGUGGUACGGCGGGGACAGCAUGUGUAAGCUGCUCUGCUUCCUGAAGCUGUUUGCCAUGCAUUCAUCUGCCUUCAUCCUGGUGGUGAUCAGUCUGGACAGGCACCACGCCAUCCUGCACCCACUGGACUCACUCAGCUCCCACCACAGGAACAGGAGGAUGCUGGGUCUGGCCUGGGGCCUCAGCGUGCUGCUUGCCUUACCACAGCUGUUCAUCUUCCGGGCCAUAAAAGUCGAGGGAGUAGACUUCACCCAGUGUGUGACCCAUGGCAGUUUUAAAGAGCGAUGGCAGGAGACCGUCUACAACAUGUUCUACUUUGUCACACUCUAUGUAUUCCCCCUGCUGGUCAUGAGCUACUGCUACACACACAUUCUCAUCGAGAUCAAUCAGCAACUCCACAGGAACAAAGCUGGCGAGUCCUGCCUGAGACGCAGUGGUACAGACAUGAUCCCUAAGGCCCGAAUGAAGACUCUAAAGAUGACCAUCAUCAUUGUGAUGUCAUUCGUGGUCUGCUGGACGCCCUACUACCUCCUGGGUAUCUGGUACUGGUUCCAGCCGGAGAUGCUGCAUCUCACACCUGAAUAUAUCCACCAUGCAUUGUUUGUUUUUGGCAACCUGAACACAUGUUGUGACCCGGUUAUUUAUGGCUUCUACACACCCUCGUUUCGGGCAGACCUUGCCAUGUGCUGGUGUUGUAGGAAAAGGGACACAAAUGUCUCCCCCAGGUCUUUGGACCAACGGUCUGUCCACCAUGGGCCCCACAGUGGAGAGCAGACCAGAGAGACUGGAGGUACAUAACUGGAGAUGAACGAAAAUACAUCUGUUAGGUUGCAGGGCUAAAGAAAAGCAGACCUAGAAAUGAGAGGUACUAAGGCUGGACCUAUUCUAUAAAGAUUACCUUACCUGAAAAGGAAACAUAUUUUCUGGGCCUAAUCUACUGCACAGGACUUCAUGAAUGAUGCAGAUCAAAUAUUCAGGGGAAAGCAGAACGGAAUCAAUUGGGGUUUGGUAGGUUUCUGCCUGUUUUGGAAAUCCAAUUUAACAGCAACAGAUGAGCACGUGCCACUCUAUUUAAAUGAGGAAAAUACAUUUUAAGCACUGUAUGAGUCAAUACCAGUGUCCUUCUAUAAAACAAUGUAAAACCCCUAGACAGUAUUGAGCAUCAGAUAGAUAUUCCAUGCUACUUAUUACACUGUCUGCUGAUUAUUUUAUAAGCAACCUGUGUCCUUAUAAUUCCAGGGUGCAUGAGAUGGCCUCCAUGGACACAAAGUCCUUCCAGAACUGCCAAAUUACUCUUACGUUUGUACAUCAAAAAUGUUGGCUGUUUCAUUUGGAAGACAAACUCUCCAGAGGACUGUUAUGUUCAGUGCAUGUCAUGAGGGAAAACUAAAUGUAUGCUGCAUUUACUUCGAUGCAUUGUGGCUUGAUAACCAAAGUACGACAAGUAAAUGAUGUGCAGUCAGGCUAGGAUAUUCAGUGCUUACCCUGUGAUCAUCUAGCAAAGUGGGUUUUGAAAAGCCAAAAUAAAAAUAUAUAUGCAUUA